CACGCCCAAUUUCUGAGUGGAGGAGAGACUUAGAGCUUGAGGCCCAUCAGCACCUUCGACUGCCAACACUCAAAGCAGAAACCCAAAUAAGUUUUCGUCUUUAUAAAGCUCAAAAACCCUAAAGUUUACUUACUGUUUCUCUUCAGCCGUCGAAAAUGUCGAAGCGAGGACGUGGAGGGUCAGCUGGUAACAAGUUUAGGAUGUCACUUGGUCUGCCAGUGGCAGCUACAGUGAACUGUGCUGAUAACACUGGUGCUAAGAACCUCUAUAUCAUUUCGGUGAAGGGAAUCAAGGGCCGCCUUAACCGCUUGCCAUCUGCUUGUGUUGGAGAUAUGGUUAUGGCUACUGUCAAGAAAGGGAAGCCUGAUCUCCGGAAGAAGGUCUUGCCUGCUGUCAUUGUGAGGCAGCGCAAGCCUUGGCGCAGAAAGGAUGGUGUUUACAUGUACUUUGAAGAUAAUGCUGGUGUCAUUGUGAAUCCAAAGGGAGAAAUGAAAGGUUCUGCCAUAACUGGUCCAAUUGGGAAGGAGUGUGCUGAUCUGUGGCCAAGGAUUGCUAGUGCGGCCAAUGCCAUUGUUUAGGAGUUCAAAUUUUUAGAGAUUUUGUUGCUCUACCUCGGACUAAUUAUAGUUUGCUGGAUCAAGAUUUGUUAUAUUUAGUUUUUGUUUGAUCAGAAUAUCAUUUGGAUGCUUUUGAUUUGAUUUUGGAUUUGAAGAUGGAAUAAAAAAAUAAAACACUCAUGCAUGCAUUCAAUCAUUGUA